CAAAGUUGGGACAAGCAAAAAAUACAAUGAAUGCUACCAGGGCAACGUGUGAUGGAAUUCCAGUUACAAGAACACCGCCACAUGCCCCACAACAAAAAAUUAAUUGAUUCGGAGCAAGUCUAGAACGCGGCCGCGGCAAAUCACGCGGCAAUUAAGAAAGGGUUAACCAAGGCCAUGGGACAGAGGGUUGACCAAGCAAGUCUUCCUCAUGUCAGCAUUCUUUCUAAUGUCGUCUUUGAGAGCUAUUCCAAAUGCUGUAGAGUGACGAACGAGUGGGGUUUGAACGAGUGGGGUAGGGCAAUAGAUGCAUUCCAGCGCGCAUGCGAUCAACCAGCAUCUGCACCGCAAUUUUCAAAUGCCAGUUGAUGGGAACUGGAUGGGGUCAGGGCGGUUGUAUCAGGUUGUCUGCAUCCAGUUUGUGUGGAUUGUGGGCAAUUUCGGUGGCCUUUGAUAUCGCCCAAGAUUGCCAUGUUCUGGGAAGUGCAGUGUACUGACUGACGCGUCGACCCGCGAAGGUUUUGUGGCGAUGUUUUGUGGCUUGCAGCCGUGGUUCGCAGCGUGGGGCUGCAUGCAAGCUGGUUUCUCGAUUGUUGACGUUUUUGGUGCUCCAUGAAGUGUUCAAGGUCACUCAUGCCGUGGUAAGGGUAGAUAUUUGCAAAGCUGCAUCAAAUGGAGAAUCUUCCAAGCCAUUCAGUCCCAUAGGCUUUGAAUCGGGGCUGUCAACAAUAGGUUCUGUCGGCCGGUGAAUUCCGGUGAGAUGCCUAACGACACGUGUGAGACAAAGCUGGAGAGAUGAAUGGGCAUAUUGUAGUGCCAGGUGAAAUUGCUGUGGACUUUUGGAAGGAAGAUGCUGCUGUAAGAAAAGUACUUCUUCCUGACACAUUGCCACUCAGAUCAUGUCAGUCCCAGACUGCAAAGGUGGCAACAGAAAAUCUACACAUCAGAGCUGAAUGGUCAAAUAAUUCAUAUGCUAUAUCAUGUGCCGGAACACCUGCUGGUGACGCUGCCGCUGGGUGAGACGGUUGGCCUGGGGGUCGGCGCCGACGCCUUCCAGGUCACGGCUAUGGACGCCGACCACUGCCCUGGCAGCGUGGUGCUGCUCUUUCAAGGUCGCUUCGGCACCAUUCUGUACACGGGCGAUUUCCGGCGCGGGCCGAGUCUGCUGGAUGAGCCGGCGCUGCGCUAUGCCAUCACAAACGGCGGCAUAGACCAGCUGUACCUGGACAACACGUACUGCUCAUCCGAGUGUGUCUUCCCGCCACGACAAGCUGUCAUCCAAGACGUCAUCAAGUAUCUGCGCCAUUUCGACGAUCGCGUCAUCUAUGUAGGAAUCCGAGAGCUUGGGAAGGAGGAUGCCCUUAUCAGCAUUGCCGACGCACUGAAUGUGAAGGUGCACGUGAGCGCGUCGCGGCUCCGGCUGCUGCGUCUGUUCACCGACUCGGACGUGUUCACCACUCAGCCGUCGGAAGCGCGACUGCACGUCGUGCCGUUCAGGAACAUCACGCGGUACGCUGAGCCCGCUAGCGACGGGCGGCCGACCGUGGCGCUGCUGCUGACAGCGCUCUUCGUGGGCUGGCCCGGCCCAGCGCCUUACAGCGGCGGGAAGGUGCAGGUGUUCCCGUAUGGCGAUCACUCGUCAUUUCCCGAGCUGUGUGAGCUGGUGCGCCAGGUGCGUCCGCGCCGAGUGGUGCCCGUGGUCCGGCGCUGGGCGUCGCGCGGCUGGUUUGCGCAUCGAGACCUGUCGAGCCGCAGCGACAUGACCGUCUUUCGUACCUACCUGACCACCGAGCCGCCGGCGCUGGCACCCGCCGCUGCCGGAGACGGACCCGCCGACCAGCAGGCCGCUGCCGCUGCCGCCGCGCGCCGGCUUCAGGCGGGGCAGCCGGCGGCGCCCGCUGGUCAGGCAGAAGGGGCCGGUGAACAGCAGUGUCAGGCACGGGCGACACCGACCGCACCUGAGGCGCGCCGAGACUCGCCAGAGCGGUGGCCGUCCCAGCCGGACGGACCCGCAUGCCCCGGCUACCCGAUGGAGCCGGGGCAGGCGGAGGAGCCGGCCGGCGACCAGCCACUGCCGAACGACCCCCGCCGCUGGCCCUACACGAUCCUAGACGGCCGGCUGGUGCGGCUGCGACACGUGCUGUUCACCCCAGCCGAGGUGGAGGCCUGGCUAGGGGGCCGCUGUGCCGAAGUGUCUUCCUCCUGCGACUGAGCGCCGGCCCCAGGAGGCUGGCAUCCGUCACUGGGCUGACCCCAGGACCGGCCGGAGGGGACCGCCAUCCGUCACUGGGCUGACCCCAGGACCGGCCGGAGGGGACCGCCAUCCGUCACUGAACUGACCCGAAGACCGUCUCCAGGGGGCUGGCAUCCGUCACUGAGCUGACCCCAGGACCGGCCGGAGGGGACCGCCAUCCGUCACUGAACUGACCCGAAGACCGUCUCCAGGGGGCUGCCACCCGUCACUGAGCUGACCCCAGGACCGGCCGGAGGGGACCGCCAUCCGUCACUGAACUGACCCCAGGACCGGCCGUAGGGGACCGCCAUCCGUCACUGAACUGACCCAGAGGGCGUCUCCAGGGGGCCGCCAUCCGUCACUGGGCUGACCCCAGGACCGGCCGUAGGGGACCGCCAUCCGUCACUGAACUGACCCAGAGGGCGUCUCCAGGGGGCCGCCAUCCGUCACUGAGCGGGCCUCAGCAACAACUGUUUGGUCUCCAGUUAUGAAGCCUGA